GUUAACUUAUCCGUACCUUGGCGCAUGGCCAAUCCGGUCUAGGUGGCAGCUUCCAAGGCCCUCGGCGCCCCUCAAGAGAGUUGAAACAAUGCACCCAGCAACUGUCAGCUGCGCUGUGAAACACUCAUAGAGCACGUCUGUAGCCCUGGAGGUCUCCCGAUGAACACGGCGGCGACAUAAGCUGCACUUCCUCCCAUCUUCGAUUCUUUUUUCUGCAUUUGACCGCCUCGGUUGCGUCACAAUCAAGUGCGCCGGGAGCAACCUCGGUGGAAGGUCGACAUGCUUGCCCCAGCGCCGCUAGGCUCGAGAUGGACGGCCUACCUGGGCCUGCUGUCUGCCCUCUCAGCUGCAUUUGUGCCUGCAGUCGCUGUCAAGGAGCAUGAUUUCAAAAAAUGCCAUCAAUCGGGCUUCUGUGCCCGAAAUCGUGCCUUCGCCGACCAUGCCCUCGCCUCCAGCUCGUGGCAAUCGCCCUACAACAUCGCCCCCGAGUCAGGCUCGUUCAAGGAUGGGCAGUACCAGGCCGUAAUUCUCAAGACUAUCAACGACAGCGGCGAAACUGUGCGCCUGCCGAUCACCGUCUCCUUCCUCGAGUCGGGGACGGCACGUGUCACUGUCGACGAGGAGAAGCGCCAGAAGGGAGAGAUUGAGCUGCGCCACAAUAGUAAAGCGAGGAAAGAGCGUUAUAACGAGGCCGAGAAAUGGGUCAUUGUUGGCGGGACGGCGCUUGACAAGGCGGCCAAGGUCGACUACGAGGACAAGACACAGCUCACCGUCAAGUACGGCCCGGCUGCGAAGUUUGAGGCCACCAUCAAGUUCUCUCCCUUCGCCAUAGACUUCAAGAGGGACGGCCACAGCCAGAUCAAGUUCAACGACCAGGGCCUGUUGAACAUUGAGCACUGGCGCCCAAAGAUCGAGAAGGCCGAGCCUGAGAAGAAGGAGGGCGAGACGGCAACCGAGGAGACCAAGGCCGAGGAAACGAAGGCGGAGCCCCAGGGCGAGGACGAGAGCACUUGGUGGGACGAGUCCUUCGGCGGCAACACCGACACUAAACCCCGCGGACCCGAGAGCGUUGCGCUCGAUAUCUCGUUCGUCGGCUACGAGCACGUGUACGGCAUCCCGUCUCACGCUGGCCCGCUCUCGCUCAAGCAGACCCGUGGUGGCGAGGGCAACUACCAGGAGCCCUACAGGCUGUACAAUGCCGACGUCUUCGAGUACAUCCUGGACAGCCCCAUGACGCUCUACGGCGCUAUCCCCUUCAUGCAGGCCCAUCGCAAGGAUUCCAGCGUCGGCGUCUUCUGGCUGAAUGCCGCCGAGACCUGGAUCGACAUUACCAAGAGCAAGGACUCGACGAACCCUCUCGCUCUGGGAGCCAAGUCCAAGACGAGCACUCGUACGCACUGGAUCUCCGAGAGCGGCUUGCUGGACGUCUUCGUCUUCCUAGGCCCGACACCCAAGGAUCUCACGGCGAAUUACGGAGAGCUCACAGGCACCACGGCGAUGCCGCAAGAGUUCUCACUGGGCUACCACCAGUGCCGGUGGAACUACAUCUCGGAGGAGGACGUCAAGGAUGUGGACCGCAAGAUGGACAAGUUCAAGAUGCCCUACGACGUCAUCUGGCUCGAUAUCGAGUACACGGACGAGAAGAAGUACUUCACGUGGGACAAACACAGCUUCACGGACCCGAUCGGCAUGGGCAAGCAUUUGGACAGCCACGGCCGGAAACUGGUCACCAUCAUCGACCCGCACAUCAAGAACGUCGGCGACUAUCCCGUGGUGGCGGAGCUCAAGUCCAAGGAUCUCGCUGUCAAGAACAAGGAGGGCAGCAUUUUCGAGGGCUGGUGCUGGCCGGGCUCGUCGCACUGGAUUGAUGCCUUCAACCCUGCGGCGCGCGAGUGGUGGGCCUCGCUCUUCAAGUACGACUCGUUCAAGGGCACCAUGGAAAACACGUGGAUCUGGAACGACAUGAAUGAGCCGUCCGUGUUCAACGGGCCCGAGACCACCAUGCCCAAGGACAACCUCCAUUUCGGAAACUGGGAGCACCGCGACGUGCAUAACCUGAACGGCAUGACAUUCCAAAACGCCACCUACCACGCCCUCAAGUCCCGCAAGCCGGGCGAGCUGCGCCGCCCAUUCGUGCUGACGCGCGCCUUCUUUGCCGGCUCGCAGCGCGUGGGCGCCAUGUGGACUGGCGACAACCAGGCGGCGUGGGACCACCUCCAGGCGUCGAUCCCCAUGAUCCUCAGCCAAGGCAUCUCGGGCUUCCCGUUCUCAGGUGCUGAUGUGGGUGGUUUUUUCGGCAACCCGGAGAAGGAGCUCCUGACUCGCUGGUACCAAGCCGGCGCCUUCUACCCCUUCUUCCGCGGCCACGCGCACAUUGACGCCCGGCGACGCGAACCAUACCUGACGGGCGAGCCGUACAACACCAUCAUCACCGCGGCGCUUCGCCUGCGUUACAGCCUGCUCCCGUCGUGGUACACGGCCUUCCGGCAUGCCCACCUGGACGGCACGCCCAUCAUCAAGCCCAUGUUCUACACGCACCCGUCCGAAGAGGCGGGCUUCGCCAUCGACGACCAGUUCUUCAUCGGCAACACGGGCCUGCUCGCGAAGCCGGUCACCGAGAAGGACAAGGACACGGCCGACAUCUGGAUCCCCGACGCCGAGGUCUACUACGACUACUUCACGUACGACGUCAUCCCCACCGCCAAGGGCAAGCACGUCACGCUGAGCGCGCCUUUGCACAAAAUCCCGCUGCUGAUGCGCGGGGGCCACGUCUUCGCCCGCCGCGACAUUCCGCGCCGGUCCAGCGCGCUCAUGAGGUGGGAUAACUACACGAUUAUCGUCACCGUCCCCAAGGACGGCAAGCGCGCCGAGGGCGACCUGUAUGUCGACGACGGCGACUCGUACGACUUCCAGCGCGGCCAGUACAUCCACCGCCGGUUUGUCUUCGACGGCGCGGCCAAGACCCUCACCUCGGCUGAUGCCGAGGGCCGCGAGUCCGGCGCCGCAGCGGCGGCGGCGCAGGAGGGCGGAGAAGGCGAGUGGAUGAAGAAGAUGCGCGCCGUCGGCGUCGACAAGAUUGUGGUCGUCGGCGCGCCGGCCGCGUGGGCGGGCAAGAAGUCGGUCAAGGUCCACAGCGAGGGCAAGACCUGGGAGGCCCACGUCGAGUUCACGCCGGCGACCCAGGGCCGCGCUGCGUUUGCCGUGGUCAGGAAGGUCGGCGCGCGGAUUGGAGCGGACUGGACUGUGGAUUUUGCUUGAACUAGCGGGGAGUGGGGGUUUGGGCAUCUGCCUCCCUACGCAUCCCUGUAGAGCGUGGCUUGCCUGUUAUUAUGUU